GCUUUGCUUUCCGCUUUGUUGCUGCGACAGCCAGCCUGAGGGCCGGCUCCGUCGUUCUCAAAGGGCAUUAGUAACAACCUCCAGACCUUCCAAAGGCGGAGGCAACGGAAGGGAGGGGGAGGAUGCAAAACCGAGUGCAAACUGCUCCCUACCAGCAGCUUCGCCUCGGUAUCAAGCCCUUUGCAGCUGAGCGAUCUCGGCACAGCCAGCGUCUCCUGGGUACCCUUCAAAGGCCCGUGCGCCGUCAGCACGGAGACUCAGUAGAAGGCGAGGCGGCAGCGAGGACCUUACCCUAGAGGAGCCCGGGAGCCGCAGCCCCUCCCCGCCAGCCCCGUCGGCCGGCUUCGCGCCGCGGAGCACGGGCGGCCCCGGAAGGCGGAUGUGGUUCCGGGUGGCGCGGCGCCAUGGAUUCGCUGUGGCGGCUGAAGCGGUUCGAUGCCUUCCCCAAGACCCUGGAAGAUUUUCGGGUCAAAACGUGCGGGGGCGCGCUGGUGACGGUUGUCAGCGGGCUCAUCGUGGUGCUGCUUUUCUUCUCGGAGCUGCAGUACUACCUCACCAAAGAGGUUCACCCGGAAUUGUACGUUGACAAAUCGAGGGGAGAUAAACUGAAGAUCAACCUGGACGUUAUUUUCCCACAUAUGCCUUGUGCUUAUUUGAGCAUUGAUGCCAUGGAUGUAGCAGGAGAGCAGCAGCUGGAUGUAGAGCACAAUCUGUUUAAACAACGUUUGGAUAAAGCUGGCAAUCGUGUGACUCCAGAGGCUGAGCGACAUGAGCUGGGGAAGGAAGAAGAAAAAGUGUUUGAUCCAGAUUCUUUGGAUGCCGAUCGCUGUGAGAGCUGUUACGGGGCAGAGUCAGAGGACAUUCGGUGUUGUAAUACUUGUGACGAUGUCAGAGAAGCAUACAGGCGGCGAGGCUGGGCCUUCAAGAACCCGGAUAGCAUAGAGCAGUGCAAGAGGGAAGGGUUUAGCCAGAAAAUGCAAGAGCAGAAGAACGAGGGCUGCCAAGUGUAUGGUUUCCUAGAGGUCAACAAGGUAGCUGGAAAUUUCCACUUUGCACCAGGAAAAAGUUUCCAACAGUCUCAUGUCCAUGUUCACGAUCUGCAGAGCUUCGGACUUGAUAACAUCAAUAUGACGCACUAUAUCAAACAUCUCUCAUUUGGAAGGGAUUAUCCAGGCAUUGUGAACCCUCUGGAUGGGACGGACGUCACUGCACAGCAAGCUUCGAUGAUGUUUCAGUAUUUUGUCAAAGUGGUCCCCACGGUGUAUAUGAAAGUAGAUGGUGAAGUGGUAAGGACUAACCAGUUUUCAGUUACACGACAUGAGAAGAUAGCCAACGGGCUACUGGGAGACCAGGGUCUGCCUGGUGUAUUUGUGCUAUAUGAACUUUCGCCCAUGAUGGUGAAGCUGACAGAGAAACACAGGUCCUUUACACACUUUCUCACGGGAGUUUGUGCCAUCGUUGGAGGCAUAUUUACAGUUGCAGGACUCAUUGACUCCUUGAUUUAUCACUCAGCACGUGCCAUCCAGAAGAAAAUUGAACUUGGGAAGACAACAUAAAUAAGCAAUGACCUUACCCCACAAAAACACCCUCUAAGGAGAACUAAACAGGUUUUUUGAAACACAGGUGAUGUUCUGAGUGCACAAGAGGAGAGGUUUGGAAUUUCCAGAUGGCUCUGACUGCUCUUACAUUACUGUCCCAUCAUUCUUUGUUUGGCAUUAAUUUUUGUGGAUGAAACUGCUUGAACCUUGCUGCUAUAAAGAUUAGCCACCUUGUCUGGCUGUGCAGACCCUACUGUAAAAAUCCUUUUGUCUCAGUCCAUGUUCAUCCAGUACUGCCCCCCUCCCUGAAAGAGGAGAUACUGCAUUCUGUUUGCCUCUAGAAAUAAUGUGUGGUAUUGUCAUGAGACCUGGAAUGGAUUGAAGUUGCCAUUGAAUAAGCUUUCUGGCAACACCAUCUAGCUUUUUAAAUUUUUCUUAAGAAUCUUUCUGAGCGUGCUGAUGCUGUAGGCCAGACGUCUGCGAAAACAUGCUGAAUCCCAUGUGCUUUCCUUCAGCUGUCGCAGGCAAGACCUAGCACUUGGGAUGUGCUUACUGUACCAUGGGGCAUUGUAGUUGCUCCACAUUGCUCUUCCUAGGAAAGAUGCAAGUUCAUGUUUCAGCAAAAAAAGUGUUUGGAGUUUUAAUUGGUUUUUAAACUGAAUUGUAUUUUUCAGUGUCCCUGUGUUUCUAGUUUGAAAUAAAGUCCAUCUUCUAUGUGUGUUUUGGUAAGCAUUUGGAAGAAUAAUUAAAUUACUUGAACUAAAGCUGGUACUGAAUUGGAAGGUGUAAUUAAAACUCUGUGUGGGAAACUGGAUAUAAUGGAGAAGAGAAACAGAAGACAUACAGAAAUGGAGAUUCUGCCUGGAGAGGUAGAAAAAUCAAUUAACUGUGCUCUGGAGGAGAAAAUCUCCUUUGGGGAGCUCAGUCUCCAGGGUCUGUAAUUUUGUUCUGCAGGGUGGAGCUGGGAUAGAUUGUACUGUCUUCAAAGCAGUAAGGGCUCAAAAAGUAAAGCAAACGUCAACAGUAGAUUCACAUGUGUUUUCAAAGUUUAUUCAAUAUAAGAUCAUUUCAACUUUA